GAGCAAUUCCAGUCAAAGAUCAUGUUUUUGUUGUCCACCUUCACUUCCUUGUGCAUAAACUGACCCCCACUCCCCAAACUGACUUCCUUGGCUGUAGCCUACGUCUCAGCACAGUGUUUGAAAAAGGAACAGACGUCUUUGAGGGGGUGCCACUUUCUCGCCCAUAACCCAUAUAUAGUCUUAUCAACGGUAAAAUGUAUUGGAUCAGCGAAUCGCGGAGGAGAGCCAUAAAAAAGGCAGGACCCGCGGAAGAGAGCAUCUGGCGUCGCUUCCACAAAAAAGUAUUUGGUACCCAUGGGGAUCUAGUAACUCCUCUGCUAUAGUACAUAUUUGACAAACUAUAGUCGGCUCGAGCUUGCACUCCAGCUUCACGUUCAGUGUGGUUCAGACGCGCGGAGCUUCUCAGCGUUUUACUCAAAGUUUGGUUUUUGUCAGUUGGUGAGACCACCCCAACAACACAGUAGUCAUGGACGCCAUCAAGAAGAAGAUGCAGAUGCUUAAACUCGACAAGGAGAAUGCCCUGGACAGAGCUGAGGGAGCUGAGGUAGACAAGAAGGCAGCGGAGGACAAGAGCAAACAGCUUGAGGAUGACCUGGUAGCGCUGCAGAAGAAGCUGAAGGGAACAGAGGAUGAGUUGGACAAGUACUCUGAGUCUCUUAAGGAUGCCCAUGAGAAACUUGAACUCGCAGAGAAGAAAGCCACAGAC